AUGGCUUCCUUCCUGAUCAAAGAUGUCCGUGUCUUCGACGGCGAGAACACAAUCGAGAAUGGAUCCGUGUUGGUUGAGAAUGGCCACAUCUCCAAGGUGUCUUCGAGCACAAGCGACUUCGAUGGACCAACGUAUUCCAGACCUGGACACACCCUUCUCCCCGGCCUCAUUGACACCCACAUCCACGCAAAUAGCGCCAAUGUAGUAGCCCUGCCGCAGGCUUUACGUUUCGGCGUCACAACCGUCUGCGACAUGCACAACGAAUGGUACAACAUCCUGAAGCUCCGAAAGCAGCGAGAAGGAGGCGACUGCGCGGACUUGAAAACGACCAGCUUCGCAGCAACGAUUGAUAUGGGCUGGCCGAUGCCCAUCGUGCUGAUGACGCAUGAUUCUCCUGAAACGAGAGAGGAGAUUGCAACUUGGCCGAAGCUGAAGACUCCGGAGGAUGGAAGGCAGUAUAUACAGGAUCGUCUGAAGGAAGGGGUAGAUUAUAUCAAGCUAAUGCACGAAUCUGGCACCGUGAUGGGCCAUGAAUUCAACAAGCCCUCCAUCGAGCUCCAAAAGGCCGUAAUCGACGAGGCACACAAGCACGGCUUGACCGUCGUUGCACACGCCACCUGCCUAGCAGAUACUCUCGAGAUCCUCGAAGCAGGCGUCGAUGGCAUGACACAUACCUUCAUCGAUCAGCCGCCAACUCCAGCCUUGAUCGAAGCAUACAAGAAGAAUAACGCUCACUGCAAUCCCACCCUUGCAGCGAUGGGAUCUGGCACGACCGAGGGCAAAGCCACGCAGGAGAAGUUCGCUCAUGACGCUCGUAUUCAGCAUCUGAUCGAGAAGAACGAACGGGACCAGAUGUGCAAAUGCAUGUCCUUUGCUCAAAGUAAGGGCGCCACGUGCGAGAAUGCAUACGAAUCCGUCAGGCAGUUGAAGAAGGCUGGCGUUCCCGUCGUCAUUGGAUCUGACUCUGCUGGGCCGGCUGUUGGUACGGCUUAUGGACUUUCGACGCAUCAGGAGAUGACACUGUUCGUUGAACAGUGUGGUUUCACGCCUGAGGAGGCUCUGAAAGCUGCCACAUCUUUGCCAGCCAAGCGGUUCAACUUUUCGGAUCGCGGACAUAUCAAGGAAGGCUUGAGAGCGGAUCUUCUGCUGGUGGAAGGCAAUCCACUGGAGAACAUUGACCAUACUAUGGACUUGAGAGGUGUCUGGACUGAAGGUCAGCUUUGCAGUGUGUACAACGAAAAGUUUUGA